AUGUCCACCAGCAGUCCUAGUCGUCGUUCGACUCGGUCUACCACACCAAAGUGGCGCAGUACACUCUCGACCUCGAAGAGUCAGCAAUCAGCAAGUGUUUCUCUUGUUUUCGCGCAGCCCGAGCAGGGAGCCAAGCUGCAGUCGGCCGUUGACCGUCUACCUCGAAGAUUUGAUGAAUGUAGCUCCAGCGCAUCGAGCAUUAUGUCAAAGAAACGGGAACGAUUGCGCUCGACAUCGACCCUCGCACCGGAGAGUGAGGCAGACGCAGACAGGAAACGAACAAGAACGGAACCUGCUGUCGCGUCAACGGAGGUUGCGAUAAUGUCUCCUUUGGAUCAGUCGCAAGUAGCACCAGGAGAUGUCGUGGAGCCUCAGCAAGUGACUUGUGAGGCUCCAGAAACUUCAUCCGAUAUACUUCAAUCCACUCAACUUCUGACCUCUCCUACUCCGUUACCUCCGCCUUCUGUUGACGUUGCAGAGAGGUUGUGCCCACGACCGACGUCUUCGCCGCCUCGCUCAUCGUGGUUUGGUACACUCUCGCGAACCUCAAGAAAGGAGACGGGUGCGGCCGCAAAUAGGAGAGGACAGAUAGCGCUCCUUGCGCCUCAGACACAAACAAUGGAGAGUGCUCCUGCUUCACCCCGCCGAACGCUGGAUCCUUUGAUUGCUGGUGUAGAUACUCGGCCUCAUCAGAGCGAGCAUACCGCACCGUCGCACACACAGUCCAUUCCAUUCCCUGUUUCUCAUAGUUCGCCAACUGCAUCCGUUUCGCACUCGCCUCGCUCGCCUGAGAUCGCCGUCUCAGCAAGUAUGGCUCACCGUGUAGAGUCACUUUCGAUAUCGUCCGUAGACGAUGAAGUACCUCGGCCACGUCUGACGUCGGGGGCAAGUCUACCCGCAGACGCGUCUCCUCCCGUACUACAGAGACAGAGUGAUGAGGCCACUAGAACGGGUCGGAAACCAUCUAUUACGUCACUGAAUCCGUCAACGAGCCGGUUUGCUCUACUGUUACCGCUUCUCGGAAGGCCAAAGGUCCUGCCUCAGCAAGCAGUAGUGAGCACGGAAGAAAUAACGCCAGAAACUGCCCUUGUUGACUUGGAAGUUGCUGCGGACGGCAAACUUGACUACAAUUCUGUCCCUCAAGCUGCUGAUGGAAGUGUUACAUCUGCAUCGCCCUCAGCGGAACAUACAGAACUGCUCGUACCUCUUACUUCGCCUCCAUUGGAACAGGGUACAAUGUCACAAGAUGUACCGCUUUCCGGGAGAGAGCGACCUACAGAGACGGCGGUCGAAGCACCUUCCACAUCAUCUUGGUGGGAUUAUAUAGGGUGGAGCAAUUCGCCGCAAGCUCUUACGCAAACAGUCAAAGACACCGAGACGCUGGAAGCCGAACCCGCGCCAUCUUCAAAUUCGGAUACGACGGCUCUACUACAGCUUCCUCCAAUCCAGAUAGUGACGGAGGAUCCACUUCCUUCAACGACCCCAAUCGUUGACGAUGCACCUGCGCGGGAAUCUUCGGUCGGCACAGAUAGGAAGGAGACAACGGAGGCUCCUGCGAACCCUCCGACUAAUGUGCCCAAGCCCCCAUCCGUAUUCUCUGCAGAAACUGCGAAAAGUGCCACUUCUGUGUGGUAUUCGCCGUGGGCGUGGUACACCGCGUCGCCGAGUACCGCGACGGCCGGUGACACUCAGUCAGCGCCCGCGAGUCCUGAGGUAGCAGAUUCGGCGGAGAGCAUUGGACAGCCAGCCAAGACGGAGUCUGAGAUGGUGAAGGAACGUGCGCUUGCUCGAGAGGGCCUUGCUGACGAGCCAUUGCCAGCAUUAAUGGUGACCGCUGAGUCUGAAGAGGCGCUCACGACGGUGGUACCAUCGCCCGUCGCCGAAUCACAAAAUCCCAUCGAGAGAACUUUGUCGACAAGCCGCUCGGGUUGGGUUAGCUUUUUCAUGUCCCGCGCACUUGUCACCAAGUCUGUGACCGAUGAUGGAAAGGAGAGAGACGAGAAUGGUAUCGAAGUCAUGACCAUUGAUGAAGAGGCCGAAGAACACACUUCAUCCACUCCUGUGCCUAUCUCUGGCGGAGCCCAGCCGCCACAACAAUUGCAGACUCAGCCUUCGCCCGCUAUGAAACUACCUCUCCAAUCAAAUCGACACGAGCACAAGAAAUCUACGGGCUCGCUAUCAACGGUUUCCACUCCCGCGAAUUCGCGAAGGGUUGAUGGCGCUAAGUCCUCGAAUGCACGUACGCCAUCCCCUGCACCAUCUAGUAAAUCUAACAUAACCGUCUCCACGUCUCCUCGCGUUCCUCCGGCCCGCAAUCUCGUGCUGCCAUCAUGGGAAGAUAGUUUUCUUUCUCCGCCGCGCUCCAACAUUAUACCUAAACCACAACCAGGGAAAUCCAAACUUUCGAAGACCCUUUCACUCGUCAGCGGGGUUUUGUUCAACAAGGAUGAGCCGGAGCCGAAGGGUAAGGGUAAGGAGAGGGAGAGACAUGCGGAAUUUCUGCACUUUGGCAAGGAGCUUCCGAAAGCGAUACAGACGAUAGGAGAGCAACUAGAUCCGUAUUUAUUGAAUGGUGGUUGUAGAGUGGUCGUCAUUGGUGUUGCAGGAUGGUCUCCUGGCGCUGUUACUCGUACGCUCGCUGGCGGGCUACCCUCCUCUAGUAGCAAAUUCGUCGAUAUGGCUUGUCAAGCCUUGGGGAACUUUGAGCAAGAGCAGGGAUUUCAAUUCAAGAAAAUCACCAAGAUUCCUUUGGAAGGUGAUGGUCCGAUAGAAAGGAAGGUUUCUAAGCUCCACGAUCAUCUGCUGGGUGAUGAGGACUGGAUGGAGGACCUGCAUGCAGCGGACGUGAUAUUCGUUGCGAGCCAUUCACAAGGCAGUAUCGUUGCCACUCACCUCGUUGAUCGACUCCUACGAGACGGACACAUCCUCACUUCUCGCAGUGUCGAUCUUUUGACGAAGGCUACGGCUGCUAUCACACCAGGUGGUUCAUCCCUCUCUACAACUCAAGCACAAAGGAUCUGCUUUUUGGCGUUGUGCGGCAUUCAUCUCGGACCACUGAGGUAUCUAGGGACCAGUUCUUUACUGCAGCCGUACAUCCAGUACUUCGAGAACGCUGCCGCUCGUGAACUGUUCGAAUUCCAGAACACCGAAUCACGUCUCUCGAAAAAUUACGUCAAAGCGUUGCGGAACGUAAUGGACCAUGAUACCAAGAUGGUCUACAUGGCUUCUCUCAAUGAUCAGGUUGUCCCGAUUUAUUCUGGCCUCUUCACUGCUGCCUCGCAUCCUCGAAUUUUACGUGCUCUAUAUAUUGACGGUGAUGCGUAUCAUUCAUCCGACUUCCUCUCCAACCUCCUAGUACUACUAAUUCGGAUUAUGAACUCUGGGCUUUCUGAUAGUGGGCUCCUAAUCCAUCUCUCUGAGGCCACAGCAGGGACUUUGAGUGGUGUGGGACAUUCGUCGAUCUAUGAAGAAUCUGCAACGUUCUCGUUGGCCGUCAAAUAUUUCUUUCUUUCAACGGAUGGAGAUGUAGAGUCACCACAGCUACUUGUCGAGCCUUUCAAUGCGGUUAUAGAGCAGAAUGAUUACGAGAUUCCAUGGUCACUUCGUGACAUGAUAGCGGACGAGAGGGUCGCCUAUUUCUUUGCGCGCGAAUUUGCCCAAUUACGCGAUGCGUUCGAUGAUUGGCAGCCGAAAACCUCAAUUUUGCGAGAUGUGAAACGAAAGUUGCAACCGAUACAACGUCUGACUUCUUUAACUCCUUCCACUAGCAAAUUAUAG